AUGGAACCAGGAUCGUACCGAUUAGUCAAUCGAUACGAUUCUUAUACAAAUCCGAUGGCACAGACACUUAGGCCAAUGAAGCAAAUUUGCAUAGUGUUUUUAAUGUACUUGAGUAAUGUCUACUUGAAACUAAUCACUGCAUAUCAGAAUUUGUUAACUAUUCCCGAUGAGCAAGAAAAAAUCUGA